ACAUUAGGUGAACUUUACAACAGGUGUAGGUGUCACAAUCAGUCAGCUAGCAGAUAAACUUUGUUUGGCAACUUGGAUCUGCUGCCCUACAGAUUAUCUGCGUUCGAUUAGAAACUAUAGAAGUGAAAACAGCAUCUUAAUUGGGCGUUGCCUGAAAAUGUAGUACUCUGGUACAUGGUGGGUGCGGCUGGCUUCACGUAUCGAAAGUUGGGAAAUGAAAAUGAAAGUCGGCUAUUUCAACGUGAAGAAUGGCGACAGCUCAUCAAUCUGACGAUGAAACUGCCAGUGAAUCUGACUUGAGUGAUGAGUCAGGCAGUGACGAAGAAUCAGAUGAAGACACAGAUUGUCAGCCCUGCAAGUAUUACAACAAGAGUCGCUGUCGGGACGGUGACAGGUGCCCUUAUUUGCAUGUCUGCAAGUUUUACCUUGAAGGGAACUGUCGCUACGGCUCCGCAUGUAGGCUGAAGCACUCCAGAGGUGGAGGCAAGGAUUUGUCUGCAAGCAGCUGUUCUGUGGACCAAUCAACACCCAGAGCAGACCCAAAGCUUACUAAUGGCCAAUACUACCAGUGGCAGUUCGAUGAUGGGGGAGGCUGGAAGGAUGUCGCAAACGAUCACAUAAUCGAGGCCCAGUACUGCCUGCCCCACACCAAAAGCAUCAAACUCUACAACACACCACAUGGGGCAGUGAGCAUAGAUUUUAACAGGAUGAGAGUGUAUAGAAAGAGCCUGAGCGUGAGGCGUUUGGAUGAUGGUAACACUGUGUGGAUCUGGUACUGCACCGUACGUCGCAAGUGGAUCAAGUACGGAGACAUGGAUUCAAAGGGUAACCCUAGUCCCGUGAAGAGCGCUGACAUCGAGAGCAAGUUCCAGACUAACCCCACAAGUGUUUUUACUUUCAGCAUCGGGGGUGAUACCUUUGAGAUUAGAUUCAGAGAAAUGCGACAGGUGAGCAAAAACAAAAAGAGGAAAGUCACUCGUCGACCGCUCUACAAACAACAGCAAGCAGGAGCAGGAGUUUCUCAGCUAACCUCAGCUGUUCAGAACUUUUCUCUGGGCACCACACCCCAGUGGCAGUUUGAGGGGGACAGCGGACGAUGGCACCAUUUCAAACACAGGCGUGGCACUUCUACUGAAUGCUCAGUAACCAGCGAUGACAUUGAGAGGAAGUACCAGGAAAACCCUCAAAGCAUCAUGACCUUCAACGUGAAAGGACAUACCUACAAGCUGGACCUUGGAGCAAUGACCCAAACUAACCUCAAGACCCAGCAUACACGCAAGAUCAGACGUCUUUGAGCAUCAUAGAAUAUUUUGACCUCUCGAGGACGCAACAACUUUGUACUGUAUCAUUACUCUAAUUUGAGAUUCAUUUAUUUUGGUGUUUGUAGUGGACUUUUUAUUUCUGGCUUUCAGUAGAUGUGAAUCAACAUUGGCCUUAAAUUGCAACAUUUAUUUUGUGUUUACAUCAGAAAGGAAUCAGAUCAAAUCAUCCUUAAGACUCUUUUGAUUUUGUGGGAUUGUGUCACAAAUGGUGCCUGACAAACCUGCUGCCAGAUUGUUUGAAAUGUUCAUUCAAAUAAGUGAAGUCAUUGUGAUUUGUAGUUGGAUUUGUCUCAUUUACAUUACCUACUGCACACUGCCAUGCCAAAGGGAUGCAAUUAUUUAUUUACUAAAUCUAAUGAAUAAGAUCAACUAGAAGACAAAUGCACCAGAUUCUAUCAGACAUAGGGUAUGAAAUUACCUUCAUGGUGCAACAUGUACACACUGCCUCUUCAGAUGUCCUAGAAUAGACUAACUUUAAGCCAAAUCCAAUGCAAAUUGAAGACUAUUUUCAGUUUGAAUGGUUAUAUCUCUCAAAACUCAAGUCUAUUUUGUUCCAUAUAUUCUUGGUACAGUAUACAUCUCAGGCCUUAAAGUGUAUUCUGCUUGAGUCAAAUGUGCCAAAGGAUGGUUGCUACUGGAUAAUAUGUAAUAAAAUUAAAAAUACCCAUUGUGUGUUUUGUUCAUUU